GUGACGUCAUGGCGCCGGUACGUCUCCAAACAUCCGGUCAUGGUUUCAACGUUUCGGCGAACUGAAAAACACUGAGACAUCCUGAUGGAGACAGAAGCAGCUAAGCCUGAACAAGACUCCAAAACUGCUGCCCCGGCCCGAACUAAAAGGCCCACCAUGGAAGUCUACGUUCCAAAGAAACGGCAGGCCGAGAAAACAGAGAAGCCUCAAUCAGACGGUGACAAGAAAUCCAAACCCAGACCUCGAUACACAGACAAAGCCCGCAAGAACAAGAAAGAUAAAGCCAAAGUGAGCGAAACCCAAAAUGGAGAAAUUAAACCAGAUGCUGGAGAACGAGGAGGAGGAGGAGAUAAAGAAGACCAAAACACUGAGCCAGAGAAAGAUGAAGAGUCCAGAGGAGACAUGGACACCACAUCCAGAACUGUACACUCUCCAGAAGACUCGAGCGGUGUGCUUGAACAUGAUGAAGAGGAGAUGAAGGACGAAGAGGAGAACUGGGAUUCGUUGUUUAAUGAUGACGGUGACUGUCUGGACCCCCAUUUAAUGGAGGAGAUGUCUCUAAAGGACGGACGCAAGAAGCAGUCUGUACAGGAGUCACGCUUUGACUACUAUAAUUGGUCGCCUCAGGAUGACGAGGAGGUGGAGCUUCGGGAUGACGAGCUGUCACACAUUAUCGAGAUUUAUGAUUUCCCCACUGAAUUUAAGAUGGAGGAUUUGGUCAGAUCCUUCAGCUCCUUCCAGCAGAAGGGCUUUGACAUCACGUGGAUCGAUGACACACAUGCUCUCGGUUUAUUCUCCAGUCCGAUCGCAGCUCGUGAUGCUUUGAGGAUGAAGAACCCCAUGAUGAAGGUCCGGCCUCUGUCCAGCUCAUCAAACGCCACUAAAGCCAAAGCGCGCAGCUGCUCCGAUUAUCUGCUGCCGGCUAAAGAGCGUCCGCAGACGAGUGCGGCUCUGGCAAGGCGGCUGGUCAUCGGAGCUCUGGGCGUGAAGAGCAACCAGACCCGGGAAGACCGAGAGGCCGAAAGGAACAAACUACGGCAAGCCAAAGAUCAAAAGCGCUUAGCCGCUAAGCAGCGUGAAGAUGCCUGGGAGGGCAGGUGAAGGUACAGUUGUAGGGGCUUCACAGGUUCAAGAGAUGCCUCGGUGGGUCAGGACUACUGCCAAACCAGCCUGGACUGAACCAAAGCCACAGGGACAGGGGGACAUGGGCUCAUCCAAGUGUGACACAAACUUCGACAGGGAGAUUUUGUAAUAUUUUUAUCCUCUUGAAAGAAUUUUUCCCCAUAAAUGUUUGAUCGUUGUAUGGUUUGGACAUGCAAUUUUAAUGUUUUUUUUAAUGCUUUUUUUUGAGAGAGAGAGAGAAUGUUUUGUUGAGUAAAUUAAACUAGACCAAGGCAAUAUGAAUCGAUUUUAUGUUUGUUUUUGGAUAAUCUUUUGUCUUUUUUAAUGUGGACUUUGUAUAUGAGUAAAUCGCCCAAAGAAAUGUCACAUUUCAAAAUAAUAAAGCAAAAAUAACAUUUAUGGGGAAAAUAAUUAUGAGCUCUGAACUUAAGCAUUACAGUAAUGUUUUUAACCCACAGUACCAUACAUUGUGGAUUUUUCAGCUAAAACCUGCAUUAAAGAUCGUUGUGAAUAUUUUGUUUAAUGUCAAUCAAGGCUUUGUAAACCAUCAGCACAUUCUAAUACCAAACUUCCUGUAUAUGUUAUUUAGAUGUAAAUAAUGUACUGUUGGCAUUUAUCUGCAAAAGAUUUUGUUCAGGAGCUAAAAUUGACAUUUCUUUUCCUCAAGUUGUCAGGUACUGUUUUCCGAUGAUGGUGCACUUGAAGUUGAGUUGAAUAAAAAUGUUCAAACGUC